AUGCAAUUUGAUUCAAUUUUUCAGACUUGGAAUUUAGAAAUAACACCAGUGGAAGCAACAGACGCGGGUUUAUACGAAUGCCGUAUAGCUACACAUCCAACUACCAGCAAUUUUGUACAUUUAAAAGUCACAGAGGCCAGAGCGGAAAUCCUCGGUUCACCGGACCUGUACAUCAUGAGCGGCAGCAGCUUAAGACUGGUGUGCCGGCUUCAGGGGUCAACACAAGCCCCGCUGUUCGUGUUCUGGUAUCAUUCCGAUCGGAUGAUCAAUUUCGACACGGAUCGGGGCCUGGUCGUGCACAUCAACAGCACGGAAAGCGACCUGAUUAUGCCGUACACGAACACGUCGGACAGCGGCAAUUACACAUGUCAACCGCAAAACAUAUCGCCGGCCACGAUACACGUGCACGUGCUCCAAUGUUAG